AUGGGGCGGCUAGAUCUAACAGCUAUCAAUGUUCGCAAAACUGUUCUUCAAAAUAUCGCAUCGGGCAGAAUAACAACGACUCCGAUCUGGACGGAUGUUGUGCGCGACGUCCCUCCAGCACAGAUACUCAUCCGACAACAGCCUCAGAAACACCGAUUGACGAAAGUCCGCACACGAACCCUGCCCAACGGAAGAAUCCAACAGUAUGCGCAAGUGAUGGAACCAAAAAAGCCCAAGUCAACCAAGACACAAAAUCUAUUUACACCACGACAUCUUCGGUACGAGGAAGACGAGCUGCGGAAAGCCUUUUUCAACGACCAUCCGUGGGAACUGGCUCGGCCGCGGGUCGUGCUGGAAACGUCAGGGGACCAGUACAAGAACGCAGACUGGUCUACAGGCGUCCAGCAGCCCGGCAUAGCACUGUCCGGCGAAUCGGUGGUCCAAAGACAGCUCUGGCUGCUCGAAAAUAUCCCCGACAUUACCGUCCCUCAGGCGUACGACAUCGCCCGUAAAGAAUUCUACGCUCUGCGCCGCUCGGAAGAGAUCAGGAACAGAAUCGCCGCCGAGGAGGCAAGACACAUGGGUGCUCGGUUCGGCAAGUCCGCGAUCCAGGUCAGCAUGGGCAUUGAGAACGACAUGUACAACGACUGGGAUGCCUGGGCGCAUCAGAUGGUCAACGAGCAGACUCAGCGCUUAGCAGCCUUUUCCGGUACCGUGAUGACUUCGGAGGAAGACGCAUUGAGAGACGUCAAAGAUGAAGAAGAGCGUCCAGCUAUUGGUGCCAGUGUAUUUGCCCAGCAGCAGAAAACCGACGCGAGAUCACAAAGGAAGGAUGCAUAG